AUGGAUAUUGGUGGCUUGACGACGGUGGUGGCCAACUCUGCCUACAUCUCGGCCCGUGGGAGCUUUGAUGGCACUGCCAACCCUGCAUUCAACCGAGACAAGAAGUACCACUCCCGCCUGAAGCUGCCUCACAUCACAGUGUGUGAGGGCCUGCGGGAGACUUUGGAUCUGGGCUUCCAGACAGUCUGUGUGGAGCAGCCCAUUGGCAAACGUCUCUUCCAGGAGUUCCUAGACUCCAAUAACGAGUAUAAAGGCCCCUGCCGUGUGUGGAAGGAUAUUGAGGAAUACAACAAUGCUGAGGAUGAAGAUCGUGUCAUGAAAGCAAGCAAGAUCUUGUCCCGGUAUAUGGAGCCGGGCGCCAAGUAUUUCUGCCCCUUCCUGCCAGAAAACGGUAUCACAAAGGUCAAAGAGAAACACCAAGAGGCAGGAGACGAUCUUUUCAAUGAGACUAUGGACAAUGUGAUGGACUUCCUCAAGGAAGUGCCCUACACUUUCUUCCUGGAGAGUAUGUAUCUGAAAAGGUUUCUGCAGUGGAAGUGGUUGGAGAUGCAGCCCAUGGGAGAGGAUUGGUUUUUGGAUUUUCGCGUAUUGGGUAAAGGCGGUUUUGGGGAAGUGUCUGCCUGUCAGAUGAAGGCCACAGGGAAACUGUACGCCUGCAAAAAGCUCAACAAGAAGAGGCUGAAGAAGAGAAAAGGCUUUGAGGGGGCCAUGGUGGAGAAGAGGAUCCUGGCUCGAGUUCACAGCAGGUUCAUUGUCUCUUUGGCUUACGCCUUCCAGUCAAAAACAGAGUUGUGUCUGGUCAUGACCAUCAUGAACGGAGGAGACCUGAGGUAUCACAUUUAUAACGUGGAUGAGAACAACCCGGGGUUGGACGAGCCGCGGGCCUGCUACUACACUGCUCAGAUCAUCCAGGGCCUGGAGCACCUCCACCAGAAGAGGAUCAUCUACAGAGACCUCAAACCAGAAAAUGUGCUGCUGGAUAAUCAAGGUAACGUCCGUAUCUCUGACCUUGGUCUGGCUGUGGAGCUGGCUGAGGAUCAGUACAAAAUCAAAGGCUACGCUGGGACUCCAGGUUUUAUGGCACCAGAGCUGCUGAAAGGAGAGGAGUAUGACUACUCUGUAGAUUACUUCACUCUUGGGGUCACUCUGUAUGAGUUUAUGGCUGCCAAAGGACCCUUCAGGUCCCGAGGAGAGAAGGUUGAGAAUAAGGUGGUAAAGCAGCGGAUUCUGAAUGAUCCAGUAACUUAUCCAGAGAAGUUCAGCGAGAACGCUCGGUCCAUCUGUGAGGGUCUGCUGGUCAAAGAAGUCGACAAGAGGCUCGGCUUCAAGAACGGAUCAUGUGAUGAGCUCAGGGCGCAUCCCUUUUUCAGCGAGAUCAACUGGAGGAAACUCAAUGCAGGGAUCCUUACACCCCCUUUUGUGCCCGACUCCAAGACAGUUUAUGCCAAGGACAUCGAUGAUGUUGGGGCCUUCUCCACAGUUAAAGGCGUGCAGAUGGAAGACAAGGACAUUGACUUUUUUGAUGAGUUUGCCUCAGGGAACAUCCCCAUCCCCUGGCAGGAGGAAAUGAUCGAGACAGGGAUCUACGGUGAGCUCACAAUCUGGGGACCCGGCGGGGCUUUGCCCAAUGACCUGCGGCGUGAAUCCAUCCUGGAGCAGCCACCCAAGUCCUCCACCUGCACGGUGUCGUAAGAGGAGCAUAACAACUGAAGUAAAUGGGUGAUUUUACAUGAACUGUUUAUCAAUCAAUCAAUCAAACUUGAUUUCUUACACAAUUUUUGUACAGUAUUUCAGUACAGGGUAGUGGUGGAUCUGAAUCAAAAUUUACAUUAUUGAUGAUGAUGAUAAAGUCUUUAUGGUGUAAAGCACUUUGAGCUGCAUUUUAUGUGUGAAUUUGACCAGCAGUGCAGCUCUAAUAAAAAAUUAGAUACCGUAUUACCCGCAGCCUAUUGUCCAGGGUUUUUUUGUUUGUUUUUUUGCUACAAUGCUAGCCAAGGUUCCCCAGUGCAGUUAUUUAAUUGUCCAACGUCUGACGCAAGCUUUAACAAACCUUUACUGUUAAAUCAUGUUCAGUUUAUGUGGACUGAUAAUGUUUUCCAUGCAUUAUGUAAUUGUCUGUUUCUAACUUUGUAGUACUGUUGGAUAUUU